AUGAGGCUGUUGAGGGCCUGCAGCCAGGAGUGGGAAGCCAGCCUCGCCCUCGUGGGAGCAGACAGGUCCGGAGAGGAACUAGGGGGCCGUAGUGUCCACACCACCCUGGACACAGAGGUACAAGCUGACUCGCCAGGGGCGCCUCUCUGGAGACAGGAAGCUACACAGAUGAAUCUCACACCAGUGACGUCGCUGCCUUGCCAAGGAGUCCGGCUGCUCCUGGCAGAACUAAACAGAGUCAAGACCCCUUGUUUCAAAAGGCUGCUGAAGCCGGGGGGUGGGCCUUCCAGGAGAGGGGCGCGUGGGAGAGGAAGGUCGCGAGGAGGGCCUCUUGCUGCUCAGGAAAUAUCUUCCCUUUCAGAAUAUGCCUUGCACAUGACUCGUCUGAGAGCCCGGCUGUUCAGUGAAAUUGCCAGGCCUACUGACUCCAAAUCAAUGAAAGUGGUGAAACUGUUUAGUGAGCAGCCUUUGGCCAAGAGAAAGGAGACUUAUGACUGGUAUCCAAAUCACAACACUUAUUUUGCACUCAUGGGGACACUACGUUUCCUUGGCCUCUAUAGAGAUGAGCAUCAGGACUUCAAGGAUGAGCAGCUGCGUCUCAAGAAGCUUCGUGGCAAAGGAAAACCUAGGAAAGGAGAAGGGAAAAGAGCCACAAAAAAGAAAUAGUGCUGGUCCAUCAGAAGAGAAAAGUUCUUCCUCAGCAGCUGACCACAGAAGAAGGUGUAUUUAUCUUUCUACUUGCUGGAGGAGUGUGAGCUUCUGAGACUGAAGAGUAUUUGGAGGAACACGAUCAUUUCUGUGUUGAAGUCCAAUUCAGUCGAGUUGUAACUGGUUCCUUGGACACUUUCUAAUUCUGCAAAGUUACUCUGGCUUUGGUUUUAUACUGUGAGGUUUACCUCUUUCUCUGGAGAAAUGAAUGCAUAGGUGGUUGAAGACAGACUCCUUUGGGGUGGGAAUAGAAGGUUGGGAUCAUGGGAGGAGACUCGUUAAAUGAGCAUCGUUUCAUCUCCCCAGGAUCCCAUUACACCAGCCCUUACCUCUGCCAUCCCUCUGGCCCUUCAACCACUGUCUCCACCACCAAGCUCACAAAGUUUCUGAACCGUCCACGUCUCCUUGGAGAGUAGUAUCUACUGAGCUAGAUUUGGGGGAAAGGCUGUACCUACUAAGAGAGUACUGAGUGUACACUACCUGCUGUACAUAAGGUACUGGGGCCCUAGUAAUACCAUGGUUAGCAAGAGAAAACAGUCCCUACCUCAUGGAACUUUGAGGCUUGUGUGAAAGAUUAAUAUCAUUACAUAAAUAAAAUUGUUUAAAUGCUUAAAAAAAAAAAAAGGCUGCUGAAUAGCUGAUAGGAGAAGGGAAGCAAAGGCCAGGCCCCAAGUUGCCCAAGGAUCUGUGUCUUAAGGUCCUGGAGGAUGGGGACACAACUGUCACUGUCCUCAGGCCCACCGAAGAGCCUGAUGGACAAAGGACUUCAAAUCUGAGACUAUUUCCCACUCUGCACACCUAGACCAUAUACACGGUGUGACAGAGUUGUCAAGGAGCGCUUGGGGCCACCCUACAGUCUCCUGGCUGGUUUGUGGCACUGAGAGUAGACAUGCUACAUGCUGCUGCUAAUGUGACCUUGGUGUCAUAUGCCGUUACUGUAACAUAUCAUCGUUUACCUGCAGGUCCUGGGACUUUCUCUAUAGCCAGCCUGCUGGGCUGGCUAGGGGGCAGCAGUUUGUGCUGGCAGGACAGAUGCACCCCGAACCACUCUGCCUUCCUAAGCCCUUGCUCCUAGAUGGUCCCAGGGCCCGUCUUCUUCUGAAAGAAUAAGGGUCAUGAAGUGUGGAGAGGAAGAAAUGAUAGCCUCAGGAGGCUGCCUGUCUUGGUGUCCUGGGGCUGCCAUCACAAGGCAUCACAAACCAGAAAGAUGCAAGCAAUAGGAACAGACUCACAGAAAAGAAGUUCUAGGAGACAGAAGCUCGAUAUCCAAGUGUGGGCAGGGCGAGUUCCUUCUGAGGCUCCUGAGGGUGAAUCCAUUUCAAGCCUCUCCCCUGGCUUCAGCUGGCUGCCCACAGUCCUUGGCACCCCUUGGCUUCUGUCUCAUCCCAAUUCUGCCUCCAUCUUCACACAGCCCACCCCUCUGUACCUUCUCUGUCUUCUCUUCUUUGGUCUCUUAUGAGGAUAUGAGGGUCCAUCCUAUAUCCAGGACAAUCUCAAGAUCCUCAACUAAUUGCAUCUGCAAAGACCUCAUUUCCAAUGGUAUUGCAUUCAUGGGUUCUGGGGGUCAGAAUCUGGGGGUCCCCAUUCAGCUGUCAUCACUGACAAGUAAAUCUCCCUGAGCCUCAAGCUUCAAAGGUGAAGGAGCCCAGUCAGCAGACAGGGCACAGAACACUGCGCUCUAUAAGAGCAGUGGCAGGGAUCACAGCAGGUGGUCUCACCCACACCUGGGACCCAAAGUCAACCUCAGUGGCCCACAAGAGUAGCACGGUAUCAACAAGUCACAAUCAAGUCCUGGUCUAAGAAGUUCCACUAGGCAGAGCUUGGGGAAGGCCUUUCCGUGAGGCUCCUUGCCACUAUGAGGGAUGAUCCAGGGUGGUGGUGGGGUCUCAGGGCUGGGCAGGGGGGCAAGGGAAGAUCUACGGAGCAGUGUCUCAAUGUCAUGGGCUAGGCUGUUGCCCUAUCCCAGGUACCCUGCGGGGAACAUUUUACGUUCCCAAUCCUAGGGGGCCUCACAACCAGCCAUUCAUGGGGUGGGGGGAACUGAGGUGCACUGGAGCCAUGGAGUCUGCCAGGUCAUGCUGGUCCCCUAUGCACGGACAAGGCAGGGUCACACAGCUUCCACCUGCAGAGGCAGAGGCAGAGCUCAUAAGCACCUGGGCAAGUAUCCUGGCCAGCAACAGAAUGAAUGGCUUACAUAAAUGUCCAAGCAGGAUAGGAACGUGCGUUCUUUCUUUCUUUCUUUUUUUUUUUUUAAGAUUUUAUUUACCUAUUCAUGAGAGACAGAGAGAGACAGAGACAUAGGCAGACAGAGGAGAGGCAGGCUCCAUGCAAGAAGCUCGAUGUAGGACUCGAUCCUCAAACUUCGGGAUCACGCCCUGAGCGGAAGGCAGACACUCAACCACUGAACCACUCAGGCAUCCCAUGGAAUGUGCUUUCACUGAGGCUCAGGGAGGUGAGAAGGUGGGGAGAGAUGCCCACCCGUGCC